AUGGCACCACAGGGUUUCUCCCAGGGACAGCGACUCUGCCAGGGUUCUUUCCAUAAUCACCAGCGCCCCGUGGACCUUGCCAAGAUCGCUGCUGCUCCCAGGGAUUCUCCCAGCGAAAGCUACGCUCUCAGCGGCCCUCCCAAGGCCAGUGGAGCACCCAGGGGCUCACCCAGGGUCAGCAGAUCUCCCAGGGGCCUUUCCAACAACGGCGGCACCCCCAAGGACCCCACCAGGAUCGCUGGCGCUCCCAGGAGCUCUCCCAGAGACAGCCACGUUCCCAGACGUUCUCCCAGGGACGACGGCGCCCCCAGGGACACAUCCAGGGACAAAAGCGACCCAAGGGCCCUACCAGAGCACUGGCGCCUCCCGAGAAUAUCCCAGGGGCAGCGGCGCGAUCAGGGGCCCUCUCAGGGACAGUGUCGCGCUCAGAGGCCCCCUCAUGGGAGGUGGCGCCCCAAGGUGCAAUGCCAUGGACGGCGGCGCCCCCAGGGGCUCUGUCAGAGGGCGCUGGCACUGCCAGGAGUUAUCUCAGGACCAGGGAAACUUCCAGGGACCCUCUCAGGGACGGCGACGCCCAUAAGGGCUCUACCAGGGACAUCCACGUUCUCAGGGGCCCUGCCGGGUGUGGUGACGCCCCUAUGGGCCCUAUCUGAAGCAGCGGCGCCGUUAUGGGCCCUCCUAGGAGCAGCGGGGCUCCCAGAGGCACUUCUAGGGACAGGACAGCGGCGCGAUCAGGGGCCUUCUGAGGGGCAGUGUCGCGCUCAGGGGCCCCCUCAUGGGAGGUGGGGCCCCAAGGUGCAAUGCCAUGGACGGCGGCGCCACCAGGGGCUCUGUCAGAGGGCGCUGGCACUGCCAGGAGCUAACUCAGGUCCAGGGGAACUUCCAGGGACUCUCUCAGGGACCGCGACGCCCAUAAGGGCUCUACCAGGGACAUCCACGUUCCCAGGUGCCCUGCCGGGUGUGGUGACGCCCCCAUGGGCCCUAUCUGAAGCAGCGGCGCCGUUAUGGGCCCUCCUAGGGGCGGCGGGGAUCUCAGAGUCACUUCUAGGGACGGUGGGGUCCCUCACAAAGGCAACAGGGCAUUACACGGGCGAUGGCACCUCAGGGUUUCUCCAGGGACAGCUGACGGCACGGGGGUCUUUCCAUAAUCUGGUCAGCCCAGGACCUUGCAGAGUCGCUGCCAUCCCAGGACUCUCCCAGCAGCCACGCUCUCCAGGGCCACUCAGUGGCGCCACCAGGGGCUCACCCAGGGUCAGCAGAGCUCCCAGGGGCCUUUCCAACAACGGCGGUAACCCCAAGGACCCCGCCAGGAUCGCUGGCGCUCCCAGGAGCUCUCCCAGGGACAGUCACGUUCCCAGACGUUCUCCCAGGGACGACGGCGCCCCCAGGCGCCCUUCCAGGGACUAA